AUGCGCGGCCCAACAGUAGCAGCCAUGAGGCUGAGCGUGCGCGAGGUGGACAAGCUGCGCCUGCAUGCGGCAGGCGCGCUGGCGCAGAAGCGCCUGGCGCGCGGAUUGAAGCUCAACUACCCCGAGGCGGUGGCUCUGAUCGCCACCCAGGUGCUGGAGUUUAUCCGAGAUGGCAAGAGCGUUGCAGAGCUCAUGGAUCUCGGCAAGCAGCUUCUGGGAAGGCGCAACGUGCUGCCAGCGGUGCCAGUGCUGCUGGACGUGGUGCAGGUGGAGGGAACCUUCGCGGAUGGCACGAAGCUGGUGACGGUGCAUCACCCCAUCAGCCGCGAGGAUGGUGAUCUCUCCCUCGCUCUGCACGGCUCCUUCCUGCCAGUGCCAUCACCUGAUCUCUUUGCCACGCCUGUCACCACCACUGCUCUGAGUGGCUCUGCUGCGCCAGGGCAGAUCAUGGUGGCAGGGACAGGCCCGCUGCUGCUCAAUGCUGGCAGGGCUGCUGUGCGGCUGAGCGUCAGCAGCCAAUGUGACCGACCCAUUCAGGUGGGCAGCCACUAUCACUUUGUGGAGACCAAUCCGCUGCUCUUCUUUGAUCGCCAGCUGGCGUACGGUUACCACCUCAACAUCCUCCCUGGCACUGCUGUGCGCUUCGAGCCUGGCGAGACAAAGCAGGUGGUGCUGGUGGCGAUGGGGGGCAAGAGGGUGAUUCGGGGCGGCAACGGGAUAGCAAGUGGGCCAGUGGACGAGAGCAGGGCGGCCGAGGUGGCUGCUAAGGCUGUGGCCAUGGGAUUGGGGCACGUGCCAGAACCCAGCGCACCGAAGGGCGUUGUUGGGACGGACGAGGCUCUGACAGUGCGAGUGGAGAGGGAGCGGUACGCUGACGUGUUUGGCCCCACGGUGGGCGACAGAGUGCGGCUGGGGGAUACUGCGCUGGUGGUGGAGGUGGAAAAGGAUUUCACAGUGUUGGGCGAUGAGUGCAAGUUCGGAGGGGGGAAGGUGCUCAGAGAAGGCAUGGGGCAGGCGACAGGAGUGAAGGCAGAGGACGCCCUGGACGUGAUUAUAACGAAUGCGCUUAUAGUGGAUCACUGGGGCAUAGUGAAGGCGGACGUGGGCAUCAAGGGCACGCGCAUUGUGGGCAUCGGCAAAGGCGGCAACCCGGACGUCAUGAAUGGGGUGGACGAGAAUAUGGUGGUGGGGGUGACGACCGAGGUGAUAGCAGGCGAGGGGCUGAUUCUCACAGCAGGAGGCAUCGAUACACACGUGCACUUCAUCUGCCCUCAGCUAGCAGACGAGGCCAUUUGCAGCGGUCUGACGACGUUAGUGGGAGGAGGAACGGGGCCGGCACACGGCACGCUGGCCACCACAUGCACGCCAUCCCCCGACGCCAUGGCGCUCAUGCUGCAAGCUACGGAUAAUAUGCCGCUCAACUUUGGGUUCACAGGGAAGGGCAACACGUCCAGCCCCGAGGGCCUCUUGGACAUAAUCAAAGCGGGAGCAAUUGGGUUGAAACUCCACGAGGACUGGGGCACCACGCCUGCAGCCAUUGACACGUGCCUGGGCGUGGCAGAGCAGCAUGACGUGCAGGUGACGAUUCACACGGACACUCUCAACGAGUCGGCGUGUGUGGAGCAGACCAUUGCUGCCUUCAAGAACCGCACCAUUCAUACCUACCACAGUGAGGGAGCAGGGGGCGGGCAUGCACCAGACAUCAUCAGCAUCUGUGGGGAGAGCAAUGUGCUGCCUUCUUCCACCAAUCCCACUCGCCCUUUCACCACCAACACCAUUGACGAGCAUCUGGAUAUGCUGAUGGUCUGUCACCACCUGGACAGCAACAACAGGGAGGACGUGGCAUUCGCCGAGUCGCGAAUCCGGGCGGAGACCAUCGCAGCAGAGGACAUACUCCACGACAUGGGGGCAAUCAGCAUGAUGUCAUCCGAUUCCCAAGCCAUGGGUCGCAUAGGCGAGGUCAUCACACGCACCUGGCAAACCGCGCACAAGAUGAAGGUCCAGCGGGGACCUCUUAACGAGGAUAAAGAUUCUGAGGGGUUUGGGUUUGGCACCGCGCCGAAUGAUAACUUCCGGGUGAAGCGAUAUGUGGCCAAGUAUACGAUCAACCCGGCGAUCGCGCACGGGUUUUCGCACAUGGUGGGGUCGGUGGAGGUGGGGAAGAUGGCGGAUCUGGUGCUGUGGCGGCCGGCGUUCUUUGGCGCGAAGCCGGAGAUCGUGGUGAAGGGCGGUGCGAUCGCGUGGGCGCAGAUGGGUGAUGCCAAUGCCAGCAUUCCCACUCCGGAGCCGGUCAUCAUGCGACCACAGUUUGCAGCAAGCGGCAAGGCAGUGGGUGGGCGCUGCUUGGCGUUCGUCAGCCAGCUGUGCCAAGAGUCAGGCUCAGCAGCCAAUCUCGGUCUCACCAAGACCCUAACCCCCGUGCACAACUGUCGCAACCUCUGCAAGGAGGAUAUGAUCCACAACGGCGCCCUCCCAGCCAUCCACGUGGACCCUGAGACCUACCAGGUCACCGCUGACGGGGCGCCGCUGACGUGUCAGGAAACGAGCAGCAUGGAGUGCCAAGGGGAGGAGGACAAGAAGGAGCAUCACCAAACCCCUCCGCCCCUCCCCACUGACUGGGCGGUGUGGCAGCUGCUGGACUCGCUGCUGCCUGCUGGCGGCUUCGCCCACUCGCUGGGGCUGGAGGCAGCAGCAAGAGCAGGCUUCCUUGCUGGCACGGGGAGAGGUGCAGGCAGAGGGGCAGGGGGGGCAGGGGGCGGGACAGGUGGGGCAGGGGGGGAGGCAGGUGGGGCAGGCGGAGCUAGUGGGGUCGUAAGGGGGGGGAAUAGUGGUGCAGGGAGAGGGGGAGGUGGCAGCGGCGAGGAGAGGAGUGACAUGGUGGCGUCGCUGCGUGUGUUUGUGCUCACGGCUGUGCAUGCCAAUGCUGCUCUGCUGCUACCCUUUCCAAUAGUGGAGCGACACGUGGCACGUGGCGCGUUUGGUGACGCGCUGGCAGCAGCUGACAGCUGUCUAAACGCCAUGCUGGCGAAUGACGUGGCACGGAAGGUCUCCCUCUCUCAGGGCUCAGCCUUGCUUAGGGUCGCCUCGACUGUCUUCCCAGAAGCCUCUCCCCUGCUCUCGACCUAUCGCAUGAGGACACGUCAGCAGGGUCAACCCAGUCAACCAAGUCAAAACACCUCAUCUCCUCGCGCAUACGGCCAUCACGCGGUGAUCUUUGGUGCCCUCUGCGGGUGUCUCUCCAUCCCCCUACCCUCCGCCCUGCGAGGCCUCGUCUACUGCGCCCUCAGGGACUGCCUGUCUGCUGCCACGCGGCUCAACCUGAUUGGGCCGCUGCAGGCUGCGGGGAUGCAGAGGGAGAUGGUGAGGGAUGCUGAGAGGAUAGUGGCUGAAGUGGGAGGAGAGGAUGGGGGUCAAAGAUAUGGGAGCGGAGGGGGUGGUGGUGGGGAUGUGGGAGGACCGAGAAACGACCCCAUGCCGCUAUGCAUGGAUGCGGCAUGUCAGAGGGGCGAGAUGGAGGACGCACAUUCUGGGGGGAAGGGACAGGCACAAGGAGGCGGGGGGGGAAUUGGAAGCGGAACGGAGAUACAAUCAGAGAGACGAGCAGGUGGAGAAGCAGAGAGAGAAGCAGGGCAAGAGGCAGGUGCAGUGCGUGAAAGUAGCUCUGUUCAUAGUAGUUCUUACGUGGGUGGGGCAGACGCAGAGAGAGAAGCAGAGCAAGAGGCAGGUGCAGUGAGUGAAAGUAGCUCUGUUCAUAGUAGUGCUUACGUGGGUGGGGCAGAAGCAGCGGCUGUGGCAGCAACAGCAGCUACAGCUGCGGGCGCGGGUGUGCGGCGGGGCGGCAUGGAUUGGACUGGAGUGCUGGUGGUGGAGCUGGUGGGGGGCCGCAGCACGGCAACGAGGAGCUUCUGUCGCUACCCACUCAAGAUCAUGGUGCCCUCCAAGGUUGCGGCCUCGGGGGUGGAUGCAGUGUGGGCGUACAUAAUCACCUAUGGGGGUGGCAUAGUGGCAGGGGACAAGGUGACGCUCUCCUGUGCGGUGCAGUGCGGUGCCACGGCCGUGUUCGCCUCCCAGGCAUCUACCAAGAUCUUCCACUCCAUGCCAGGCACCCCACCAGCCCGCCAGCUCAUCACCGCAACCAUCCAGCCUGGCGCCUUGCUGGCGGUGCUCCCUGAGCCAAUCACAUGCUUCCGAGCGUCGCAGUACCAGCAGCUGCAGAGCAUCCACGUGGCGCCAGGUGGCAGCCUCGUAUUGGUCGACUGGCUGACGAGUGGGCGCCGGGAUCGAGGAGAAGUGUGGGAGAUGGAGUGUUACGAGAGCUGUAACCGCGUCUAUCGGGAAGGAGAGGAGAUCCCUCUCGUCUUCGACAAGGUGAAGCUGUCAGCCAAUGCGGUGGUGCCACCUGGACAGCAGCUGGAGGGCAUCCAUGUGCUCACCACCAUUAUUGUCCUGGGUCCACGCACAGAGGCAGUGAGGGCCCACCUAAAGGCAGCAGUGGCGCAGGCAGCAGCUGCAGCGUUCAACCCAAGGAGGAGCAGCAGGGGUUAUUCCUCCUCUGCUUCCUCGCCUUCCCCUUCUGCCACCUCUGCCCCGUCUGCUGGGUUAUCUGGUGGUGUGGAGAGCACAGUGUGGGGUUGUUCGUCUGAUAUGGGACAUGAUGAUUUGCUUGUUGUGCGCCUUGCUGCUGGAGACGCAAGUGCCAUGUACCAUUUCCUGGCAACAAACAUAAAUCCUCUUGUUCCACAAAUCGGUUGCAAUCCAUACAAAGAUUGA